GCAGUCCGAGCCCGAGAUCCAAAGUUUGCUCUAUCUACAUCGGCGCACGCGCAGACUCGCUCGCCAAGCGCCGCACUCGCCUCUAGACCGCCCUGCUAACUACGCGUGUGCCGAACUCCCAAAUACAACUCCGCACGUGGACCUCUCGCUAUCUCUUUCUCGGCCAACCCCUCGACCCGGUCUUCCGCGAACACGGAUAAUGUAUCGAUAACGGCUAAUUGAUCGUUACAACUACCGUAUCGGGUGACAUCGCGAGUGAGUGCCGGUCUGUGAUGGCUGAAAAACACGCACUAAUACCCGACCCCGUCGCCAUGUAUACGCAGACGGACGCGAUGAAGGAGAUUAAGGACAUGUCCAAGAAUUUAGUGAGCGGUGACUUCGAAAGACAAUACAAAACCAGCAUGGCAGAAAAGAGCAGACGGAGAAAUGCUUGCUUGGUUUCUCUGGCGGUGUCCGUCGGGAUUCUGGCCGUUUUUCUGAUAGUGGUAACAGUGGUCAGGGAAGUGCAGAUAGCGCGGCUGCGGCAGGAGCUGGACCAAGUCAAAGACAACAUGGUGGCGAUGUCGGUCAACCUGAGAGCCUUGAGCAACAAGAUAAACAGUAACAGACUGUUCAACGAUUUCGAAAGUUUCGAAGACACGAUCUACACUGACGACGACAGUCCCAAGGACAACAAGGGCCUCCCAGACGAGUCCCUGGACGAGCUGCGGGGCCUCACCGUGUUGGAGGACGACGACACAGACGAUGAGGAAGACGAGGACAUGUAUGAUGAUGCCGAGAGCGGCGACUGGUACCAGGACUACGACAGGAAUAGAAAUAAGAUUGGCACGACCAACAUGGUGAAGCUGAAACCCGCAGACUUCGCAGACUCAGUGCUGUUCGAGAAGGACGACCAGGCGCUCAUCAACAACAUCAGGCAGAUCAAAAAGAUGAUUAACGAGAACCCUGAGAACCCCGAUAUAGGGUUGCCGACGUUGCCGACAUCCACGGAACAGCAUUUGUCGCGCGACAAACGCCACGUGUUCCCGGACACGACGUCCGACGCGGUGGAGCAGGUCGCGUCGCCGCGCGUUUUGGCUAAAACUGAUGAGAGACGUAAAACCAAGAAGUUCUCAGCGAGCCUGGACAGUUUGUCUACGAAGCCGCCCAUGCAUGCCGUCGUGCGGACCGCCCGGAAUAGCGACAAUGAGGAAAGGCGGCCGUUCAUCGCGGCGCAUUUCCAUGGCAACACCUCCCACCUCAGCCCUGAAAUACACGAGCAUUAUAAAGGUAACGGCCUGAUUCGCGUGGCUCACGGCUCACACCACGACGUGUGGUACCCCUCGCCGUGGACGCUGGCCUCCCCCCACUCUCGCCCCACGCUGACCCGGAGCGGGCACGUGCAUGUCCACCAUACUGGAGUAUACCUCGUCUAUGUCCAGAUAUACUACUUGGACAGCCACGACGUGGUCUCCUGGAUGCUGCACCGCAAUGGCGCCGAGACGCUGAUGCAGUGCGCGCAGUCUUCGCACUCCGUCGACAUCCUCGACAAGCCCAACUCCUGCUUCUCGGCCUCCGCUCUCUUCCUCCGAGCUGGUGACAAACUCUCGGUCAAGAACACCGGCGGCGACCGGCACUCCCUCAUGCAGCCAGAGAAAAGCUUCAUAGGCCUCAUCAAACUCGCUGAUGCUGAAGAUCCAGACCAGGAACUAUAACAACCCCUUUAACUCCACAUCCACUAAGUUAACUUAUGACAUUAUGUUUAAUUAUAAUAUAAUGCAGGAAUUGAUGUCCUUUGUGUUGUUAUAUGGAGCUUUACAGAAAAGUGAUAUUUGUUAUAGUCAAAAGAGUGCCAUUGUUGAAACAAUACUUUGUAAGAACAAAUUAGGUUAGGCUUCCUAAAUGUAAAUCUCGCUUCGACGUUUACAUACUAUAACUAUCAUCUGACAGAACCGAAUUAUAGGACUUCGAAUAGUGUUUGAAUUAUCUAGUUUUUGGAUGUAUUUACUAAUUUUGUUAUUAAUACAGUGAAUGAUCUGUUACGCCAUUGAUAUUUUUAAGAAUAGUAUUAGAUAACUUAGUUUUAAUAUUUUAAAUCUCGUUUUAUCAUUGGUUAAUAUCAUAUUUUUCUUUAAAAAUAUUCGAUAUGGCCAGUGUUAUAAUUUUACACUUACAAGUUUCGUAAUUUAUUGCUAAGUAUCUACUAUAAAUUAGAUAUGUUAUUCAUAUUUAAUAAAUGUCUUGGACUUUAUCUAUAUUGAUGUUUUGUAUGAGAAUAUAAAAUAUACCACAAAA